AUGCAACUCACCACCAUCCUCACCACCCUCCUCGCCACCGUGGCCAUCGCCGCCCCGGCCCCCGCUCCCGAAGCCAUCGCCGAACCUGCCCCCAUCCUCGAAGCCCGCGCCCAAGACCUCAUCGACCUCUGGAAGAACAAGAACUUCCUGGACCUCAAGUUCACGGGCUCCGCCAACGUCGGCGACUGCAAGAACCUUCCCUCCAACUUCAACGACAUUUCCUCCUCUGGCAAGGCCAAGGCCGGGUUCCGCUGCACGAUUUGGGUCGAUAAGGAUUGCAAGGGCACUGGGUUCUCAUUCAACCAGAACCCGGGCAGUGCAAGCUUCCCGGAUUGGAUUAAUGAUAAGGCUAGCUCUUGGAAGUGUGUUAAGGCUUAG